AUGGGUGCAUUGUUUAAUGUUAUAUAUUCAAAUUUAGUAUUUAUGCUUUAUGUAUCUUCAGCAAAUGCAGGAUUGGGAAUUAUAAGUUAAAUAUUUGAUUAAAAAGAAUAUUUGAAUUUAGGAAAUACAUCUUUAUUUAUAAUAUAUUUUAUUUCAAUGAUUAAUAGCAUAUUAGCUCCUAUGUAUAUUAAAAAAUUGUCUUGGAAUUACGUAUUUACUUUAGGUUCCUUAGGUUAUAUAUUUUUUUUAUGUUAAGGUAUUUUGGUUUGUAGCUGUAAAACUAAAACAUAAUAUUUUUAUUGUAGUACUCCUAUUAUGUAUGUUAUUAUUGUUAUAGGAUCUACUAUUUGUGGCUUAUUAGCAUCUAUAUUAUAUUUAGCAUAAAAUUAAUAUUUGUCAGAAAAUACAUAAGAUAAUAAUAAAAGCUUAUAUUUUGGAAUUGGCUGGUCAUUAUUGUAAUCUUCAUAUAUAAUAGGAAAUAUUUACUCAGCUUUUUUAAUAUAACCUUUAGGAUAAUAUAAUUAUUUUAUCUUAAUGACAGCAGUUAGUGGAGUUUCAGCAAUUUUUUUUAUUUUUAUAAAAUCGCCACCUAUUUAAAAAUUAAAAGUUUAAAUUAAAAGUAUGAUAUAAUUAAUAAAAACAAAAUAAAUUAGACCUUUACUUUUUUAUAUGUUUUCUAGUGGAAUUAUUUUAUCAUUGGAAUGGGAGUUUUGA